AUGUUUAUUGCGAGGUCUGGAGGACGCGCCGGAAGACGCCAGCCGUGCCCAAGACGGCUGAACGGUGGAAGAAGUCUGAGUUCAUCUUGCAUUCCUGCCUCUGGAGGCGGUCCUUACAGUCAAGCUGAUGGAGACGGGUACGACGACCUCCAUUCCACGCGAUUCGGAGGUGAAACAGAUCGUGACCAAGAACUCUCCGAUAAAUGCACCCGGCUGAAGUGCGGACUCGAAGAAAAAUGCGUGCUCGUGGAUUCUGUAUGCCCAAAACCCCCAUGUUCGACGGUAGCCAAGUGCGUCGAGAAAGGAGUGGAGACCUGCGCUACCCUGAAAUGCCCGAAGGGCACAGUGUGCGAGGAGCGCAAAUGCGUCCGACCCCCAUGCGACCUCAAGCCUAAGUGUGUCUUCGCUAAGGGCCGAGGGGAGCAGGAAGGAACCCGAGCGCCUCGCCCCGUGCGAGAGCAUUUGUGAUCACCUCGAAUGUGACCCUGCUUUCGCUUUCGACCUGUGAUUUGCCUUAGUGAUUUUAUCGAGACGAAGAUUUCUGCGGGAUCUGGAAGAGGACGCUAAUUUUAGCCCGCCUCAUUUUGAAUGGCUCACCUUUCACUAAUGGAGAUUUUACUGUCGAUGGGCGCGUCCCAGGAGUCGUGUCUAAUUAUGCCAGAUUCAUUUCCGCUUGUAGAACGAAUGCCUGUAGAAGAACGAAUGUAUUUAUUUUCAGAAAUUUUCACUAUAUUCUUGUGAUGCACUAAGAUUUCAAUAAAACAAGUUCGAGUAA